AUGGGGAAGGGCCGGCCCUCUGCGAGGAUCCGGUUCCCCUUCCUCAUCCUCCUCCUCGCUCUUCUGCUACCCCUCAUCCCUCUCGCCAUUGCAGCUCCAGAGAAGCACCUCGUGACCCACCUCCCGGGCUUCGACAGCGCCCUCCCAUCCAAACACUACGUCGGGUACAUAACCGUGGACGAGAGCAAUGGUAGGAGGCUGUUCUACUACCUGGUGACAGAAACAUACCUGGUGCUGUCGGAGCGUGAUCCGGCCAUCGACCCCGUCGUGCUCUGGCUCAACGGCGGCCCCGGCUGCUCCAGCUUCGACGGAUUCGUCUACGAGAACGGUCCCUUCAACUUUGAGCGCGGGAGCACUCCCGGAGGGCUGCCCAAGCUGCAGCUCAAUCCCUACAGUUGGUCAAAGGUUUCAAGCAUGAUGUACCUGGACUCCCCUGCUGGUGUUGGGAUGUCAUACUCAUUGAACAACGAUUACAAAACAGGUGACUUGAAAACCGCAGCCGAUGCGCAUAUCUUCUUGUUGCAGUGGUUCGAGUUAUACCCGGAGUUUCAGUUGAACCCAUUCUACAUUUCCGGAGAGUCAUACGCAGGGAUAUACAUUCCUACACUAGCUGAUGAAGUUUUAAAAGGGAUACAAAUGGCUCUGAAGCCAAGAAUCAAUUUGAAGGGCUAUCUAAUUGGUAAUGGAGCAACCGACGCAGACUACGAUUUAAACUCUUUUGUGCCGUUUGCACAUGGAAUGGGUCUCAUAUCAACUGACUUGUUUGAGGAUGUCAGUGCUGCUUGCCACGGCACAUUCUGGGGAAAAGUUAAUGAUGUGUGCCAAGAAAAUAUAGAUAGAAACCGUUGGGAACUGAAAGACCUGAACACGUACAACAUUCUUGCACCAUGCUACCACCACCCUGAAGUCCAAGAGACAGCGUUCGUGAACAGCAGCUUGCCAUCAAGCUUCAGAAAGCUAGGUGAAACAGAGAGGCCUUUCCCAGUGAGGAAGAGGACGGCGGGGCUUUCAUGGCCUCUCGGUCUUCCUGUGAGCAGCGGACAUGUCACGUUGUGGCCCGAGCUUGGCGGUAGAUCACUUCCAUGCAUGAGUGAUGAACUUGCUACUAUAUGGCUGGAUGAUGAAGAUGUAAGAGCUGCCAUUCACGCCAAACCGAAAAGCUUAAUUGGAUCAUGGGAAUUGAAUACUUCAAGAAUAGACUACACUCAUGAUAUAGGCAGCAUGGUGGAGUAUCACAAAAAAUUCACAGCCAUGGGAUAUCGCGUACUUAUUUACAGUGGAGACCAUGAUCUGUGUAUCCCUUUCACUGGAACGGAGGCAUGGGUCAGAUCAUUAGGCUACUCUCCUAUCAGCUACCGAGUUGUCAAUUCAUGGCGACCAUGGCGCUUUGGGGGUCAAGUUGCUGGAUAUACACAAGGCUAUGAUCACAAUCUCACCUUCCUCGCCAUAAAGGGAUCUGGACACACUGUUCCUGAGUACAAGCCCAAAGAAUCGCUGGCAUUCUACACCCACUGGCUGUUUGGAGAAAAGAUCUAAAAUUGAUCUAAAUGAAACAAUCAAAUUUUGUAGACAUGCAUCUUAUUUUUUUCCCUAGCUGUUUUUAUUGUAGAUUUUGAUAAAGACUGUACCUGUGCCUGUUUUCAGUGUGAAAACCAAUAAACAAUCCAAGGCUCUGAUAAAUUUCCGCGUACAUUCUCUUGCUGAGCGUUAGAAACACCAGAAAAGCAGGUGAAGUAGACAUAAAACUGGACAUUAGCAUUCUACCAGAAAACAUUACACCGGCGACUCAGAAAGCUACUGCAGAAAGAAAUAUCAUGAUGA